AUGACAGAAAGAAUAUCCAUCACCGACAAAUAUUCUUCGGACAAGAGAAUAAUGAGAGAAGAUAAACGAUUUGCAAGAGCUAAAAGAUCCUUUGUAUUUCUAGUACCGAUUAAAGAGGAACACGAGGAUGUAAAUAACGAAAUAACAGAGAAAAGCCGCCAAAGUAGAACAAUAAAACGUAGUAAAUCGGCACUUUAUACUACAACGAAUAUACCAUUAACUAAAAAAUACAAGGAUAAAACUGUAAAAGCCGAAAAAAGCAGAAAACCGUACGUAGGUUUUAAUUUGUUGAAAGAAAUUCGUAAAAAGCGGCAAAAAGACACAACCGACAAAAACAACGACGUCGAACUCGCGUCAGAAAAAAAUAUUUCCAACGAACCUCAUGAGACUUAUCCGUCUGAUAAAAAAUUACGUGAAAAUUCAAAAAGAUUAGUGUGUUAUUGUCGUAAAGAAGACUGUCAGGAUUGUCAAUCGAAAGCAAAAUUGCUUACUCCUCAUUCGAAGGAACCUCCAAUAAUGAAAACUAAACCGAAAAAUGAUAAACAUCGAAAAAUUAUUCCAAACGAUUACAGAAUAUCGGGAAUACCAUUACGUUUAUCAAAACUUUAUGAAGAAAUUCCUUACGAUUUAAAAUCGAAUUAUGCGAAUUCCGAACAGAUGCAAAUUUUGCCGAUAAUUCAUGGAAUAUCACCUAAAGUUUAUCCCUUAACCGUGCCUUUCAGAGUCACUUACAAACAAGCUGAACCUCACAUCGGCAUGAAUGCUCCAGUUUCUCAACAAUAUCAACAAAACUCAAGUAAGAAACAACAAACACCGCUUAAGCAAUAUAUUCUUGCGACAAAGAAUCAAUCUGAAAUUCUUCAAAAAUCGAAUAUGUUGAUUCCUAAAGACAAUAAGAGAAACAAUGAUUUCUCGGCGGCCAUGAAUUAUCCUGAGCACGAAGAGCGUGACCUAAAUUCGGAGAAAGAAAUCGAUGAAGAUUCGUUCGAUGCAAAUAUGCUAGAAUGUAUAAAACUGUACGGUCGUAAAGUAUGCCUCCUUGCUGCUACAACAGCUUGCAAAUCUUUGAAUAAAAAUAAAAAUCAGAAAGAUGAGAACGUUGAAUCGAUUCAUUAUUAUUACGAUACUACCGAACAAUCGAAUAAUGAAGAUGAUUACGAUUCCACGAAGCCCGAUAUGACAAUAGAUUCUAAGGAAAAUAAUUUUGAUGAUAAUCUAAUAUCUACAAAACGAUCGAUUGGAAAUUAUAACGAAGAUUAUCACGAUUCAACUACCUCGAAUAUUAUCUUAGAACCUUCAGAAUAUAUCAUAACUAAUACCGAUAACUAUCAAACUUCGAACGACGAUUCAUUUGCAAAACAAUCAACAACGUAUUAUAUUUCCGACGAAGAUUAUAAUGAUUCAAAAAUUCCGGAAUAUGCGACUGCGAAUCCCACAGAAAUGUCUAUUCUUCAAGCGACACAAAAUUCACAAGAACAAGAUCAAUUAUCUAAGACUGUUUUAACCGAUUCUAGCGUAAUUAAUGAUAUCGAAUAUACAACAUCAAGUGCAAUAACGAAUAAUAUUAACGUCGAUGAUUCUAAAACUACUAACAAAGACAAUAACUUGACUGGUACAAUAAUAGAUGAAAGUAAGACUCCUUAUACAACACAUCUUCAAUUAGAUUAUUCAGAUAUACAAGAAAUAACAAAUAGUUAUUUUACUUCGCAAAGUUUCGAUAACUUUGAUGAAAAUAUCAAUAGCGAUCCAUUUACUUACGAUUAUAAUUUAUAUAAUAAUAAUCUGACAAAUUUAAAGGACUAUUCACCGAACGUGCAAGCUACAAACAUUCCAGAUAUAACGAACGAUCAAACUAACUCAGAAAAUGUUUGGUCGACUGAAAUCUACCCUAAUUUUAUCGAAAAUCAAAUUCCAACCGAUUCGACUAUAGAGAAUAAUCUAGACAACGAUGAAACAACUACAGAAGAUAACAACGAUUCGUUAAUAAAAGAACGGAACGAAGAUCGAGAAGAUGAAAAGAAUGAUCCAGAAAAGGAAUCAGCUUUAAAAUACGAUACACAAGAUUCUUCUUCGUCUAUAGAAAAAACAGAACAAACUACUAUCGAUUCAUUUUUAGGAUGUACCACUUCAUCUUUAGAUUAUGAUACGAAUAUUGUAGAUGUUUUUCCGACAGAUAUUUCAAAUCAGUAUACUUUGUCAAUCGAUAUCACUUCGCCGAUAAAAUCUAUAGAAAAUGAUUAUACAAUUCCUGUUACACUUUCAACGAUAAACGAGAUAAAACUUCAAACUCAUCAAGACUUAACUACCACCGAAGAAUCAACAAUAAUGGAAAUUACAACUGAAAAAGAAACCCAUGACAAAAUUAAUGAUUCUAUCGUUGGAUUGUCUAACGAAGAAAGAUUCGUUAAAUUGUCUGAAGACUUUGAGACAACCUCAAAUCCAAUCACGAUCAUCGGAGAUUAUACGAACACUGAUAACGAAAAUAGUAUUCUCGAAAACACUUCAAAAUAUGAUAUUGAAUCGACAAUGCCAAAUUUGUCGUUCUGCAACAGCACACAGCUCGUAAAUUCAAUUAAAACAAUCAUAAAUAAUUUCAACUUGAAAGAUGUAAAUCUCGAAGAUCCCAAUGAUUCUAAGAAAAUUCCAGAUAACGUAGAACUGUCUCCAGAAAUCGUUGGAAUUCCAAAUUUGCGAUCUCUCUUAUCGCUGACACCAGUGGAAAAUGUGAUCAUAAAAAAAGUGAAAGAUCAUUUAUCGAAAAUAACCGGAAUACCUAAAACCGCAUUGUUUGGUGAAGAAUCAAACAACGUGAUUAAAAAUACACUUAGAAAGACAUUGAAUCUUUUACCGAACGUACAAUCAGAACUUCCACCAAUGACAGUAGAAGAACAUCAAUUUCGAGCUGGACAUUGGACCACGAAUUUAGUGACUCUUCUUCCAUUUACAUCGUCCGAACGAACAAAAGAUCAAAGUAUUUCUCGAAGAUUACAAAAUCAUUUAAAAGAUCUCAUUUAUAAUCCUACGGUUGGUUUAGAGUUAGCUAAACACAACGCUGUGCAAAAUAUCAUCAUCCAAGCUGCGAAACACCAAAUAGAAAAUGCGAACGAUAUGGAAAUAAAAGAGGACACGAUUCGAGAUAUGUUAGGUAAUGUUUUACAAAAUAACUCGUAUGAUCCAGAUCAACGCGAUGCAAAAAAUAAUUCUGAAAAAACAUGGAUGGUAGAAGCUACACAUAAUUACGAUGAAACGACGACAGAAAACAUUAUCUCUAUGAAAGAUAAUCAAUUCGAAACUUUAAAAGGUGCGACCGAUAAUUCAUUUACCGAGUCAUAUUCUAACGAUUUCAUAACAGAUAAAGAAUUUCCAAAAACGGACAUAAAUAAAAUACAACCAAGUGAUUAUUCCAAUGAUGUCCGAGAUAACUACGUUUCUAGCACUGAAUUUUAUCGAGAAAAUCUUAAAAAUGAUCAAAGCAGAGAAACCACUCAUAUUUACGAAACAAUGUUGACAAGAAAUGUUGCUAACAUAAAUGAAGAAACUCUCGAAAUAUCUCAGUCUGAAAAACAAUCAAAUCAAAGUAACAGCAAUAAAGGGAAGACUAAUGAAUCGGAAGUACUUAGGUUACCACAAAAUUCCUUUGUCGGAGUUGGUAAUCCUAGAAUUGGAAAGAUCGCUUCGGCGAAUGAAGGAUUCUUGCAAGAUACAGAGAAACGUCGUCUUUGUAAGAUAGAGAGUUGUACCAGUACACACGAAAUUGUUACUAAGUUUAACAAAAGGGUUAAAACAACGAGAAAGUAUUACGGAUCAAAGGGAAUGGAUACUUCUUUCGAAAGAGAUCCAAUAAUUUCGAAAGCUCACGAAGAAGAUGACAUUACGAGUAACUCAGAAAAGAACGAAAAUAAGAAGGAAAAUGUAAACGAAAGCAACGAUGACGACUCAACGACUUAUAAAAGUUUAAAUCAUCGAGAUUUCGAUUCCGAAGAAGAUUUCAUUUACAAGGAAAAAGCUGUUAAAAUGAAGACGGAUAAUAUCGAUAAUGAUAUAAAUGAUCUACGAGAUUUACAAAACUCAGAGUUAUAUUACGUGGGAGACAACGUGAAAUUUCCAUUGGAAAUCAAAAAAAUGAAAGAUGGCUCGUACAUUUUGUUGAUCUCGAAAAAGAUAUGUGAAAACGUUUUAAAAAAAAAUUGUCCCUGUUGCGUACCGCUCGAUGGAAACGUACGUUUGAUAAAAAGAAAUACGAAAGAAAUUAGCAAUGAUAACAAUAACGCUUUCGAUAGGAAAAAUAAUCAAUACUCCGAACAAAGAUCGAAAAUAAUAAAAUCGAACCCAUCGAAACAACGAAUAACGAGAUCGAUGAUAGUAAAUAAAAAAUUAGACGAUUCGGACGAAAAUAAUUACGAAAUUUUAACGAUGCCUGUAAUGGCUUUCGCUAAGAAAUAUAAUUUAAGAUUAAAUCUUGAUGAUAUAGAGGAAGAUGACGUAAAAGAAAGAAAAAAUAUUUUCGUUGAUGAAAAUGAUGAACGUGAAGAAAACAAUCCUGUUUUUCAAAGAAUGAAAUUCGUUAAGAAAAUGCAAAACAAUCAUGAGCCUUAUAGACAACAACGUGCGAUUAAACAAAAAUCAAACACUAGUACGGAAAUAUUAAAAAAUUUAAUAAAUUGGUUAAGAACGUUAUUUGUCAAUUGA